GAGACGGCGCAUGUUCGUGAUACACACUAUUGACAUUGGGGUCAUCAAGCAUUAGAGAUUCCGUUAGCAGGACGAGCCUCGAGGCCGGGAGCUCGCUACGACAUUCUUUCAGCCCCACCUCCGACGAGACCUAAUGGCUUGCGCACUGGCCCUUGGCGGAUGUUCUUUGUUCUAUUUCCUUUUCCUUCUUCAGUGGCAUCUUCUUGUCUGCGGGUCUGAUCUUUCGCAUACUCAAGGAACCGCUCUGCCCAGGCGUCGAUGGAACGUUCUAAACCAAUUCAUUCAGGUCUCUGAAGCAGCUCGACGACAUCUUGGGCACAACGGCCGCACGUGUCUGUCCAUCCUAGAGCUACAUCUCGCGUCGGUGCAACUUAUUCCACCAUCUAACAUGCACGCCCAAUAACCUCCUCAUAUCAAAAGAAAUCUUCACAACAU